CACGGAACAACAAAAGUGGACUCAUUCCGGUUAAGGCCGGAACAACUUUUGAUAUUAACGAUGUGUCGGUUCUAAAACAGACAAAAAACCCAUAGCUUUCUUCAUUUCAAUUUUCAAUUUACAAACUCUUCAAGCACACUCACUGAGUCACUCAUCUGCUUCUCUCUCAACCACAUUCAUCUUCAGUUUCAGAUUAUAUACAUAUAUGAUAUAUAUAUAUACAUAUAGUUAAUAAUUAUAUACAUGGAUCUGGUGGAGGAGGAACGAAUCAUGGGGUGCCAGGUGGUUGCGAUGCCUUAUCCGAGGAGGGUACACAUUAAUCCGAUGCUGAACCUCUGCAGGUUGCUGGCUUCGAAAAGAGAUGAUAUUCUCAUCACCUGCGUCGUCACGGAGGAGUGGCUCGGCUUCCUCGGUUCUGAAACCAAGCCGGCUAACUUCCGAUUCGGUUCCAUACCCAAUGUCGUGCCGUCGGAGGUGGGUCGGGGCAAGGACUUCCUGGGCUUUUACGAAGCCACUCUGACAAAAUUGGAGGAUCCGUUCGAGAGGUUUCUGGAUCUGCUUGAGCCGCCGCGGCCGUCUGUUAUCAUUUACGACACGUAUCUUAAAUGGGUGGUCGGCGUUGGGAAUCGGCGAAAUAUUCCGGUGGCUUCGUUUUUCACGAUGGCGGCGUCGGUGUUCUCGUUUUUCCAUCACUUCGAUCUCCUAGUGCAGAACGGCCAUUUUCGGGCUGAUGUGUCAGAACGAGGAAAUGAGAUAGUAGACUACAUACCCGGAGUGCCUCCUACGCGCAUAAAAGAUCUAACCACAGUUUACUAUGACGAUGCUCGGAAAGUGUUGCAGCGAGUCCUGGAAGCCAUUUCAUGGGUGCAGAAAGCACAGUAUCUUCUCUUCACUUCCACCUACGAGCUCGAAGCUGAGAACAUUGAUGCUCUGAAAGCAGAGUUAUCCAUCCCCGUUUACGCUAUUGGUCCUGCCAUACCUUACUUCAGACUUGCAGAACAUUCCUCAACAAGUACUGCCCACAAUGAUUCCCACCAUGUACAAUGGUUAGAUUCUCAACCUAGAGGUUCUGUCUUGUACAUUUCACAGGGGAGCUUCCUUUCGGUUUCGAGUGCCCAAAUGGAUGAAAUCAUUGCCGGGGUUCGCGAUAGUGGUGUCAGCUUCUUGUGGGUGGCUCGUGGCGAGGUUUCUCAACUGAAAGAGGGUUGCGGUGAUAAGGGGCUAGUAGUGCCUUGGUGUGACCAAUUGAAGGUAUUGUGCCAUCCUUCAAUAGGGGGGUUUUGGUCACAUUGUGGGUGGAAUUCCACUAAAGAAGGCCUUUUUGCUGGUCUGCCAUUUCUUACAUACCCCAUAUUUUCGGAUCAAAUUCCGAAUAGUAAGAGAAUUGCAGAAGACUGGAAGAUUGGUUGGAGGGUGAGGAGAGAGGUGGGAGACAGCAGUGUGGUGACCCGAGAAGAGAUUGCCGGCAUUUUGCAGAGGUUUAUGGAUUUGGAAAGCGAUGAAGCGAAAGAGAUGAGGAGAAGAGCCAGUGAACUUAAAGAGAUCUGUCAGCAAGCUGUUGCAAAAGGUGGAUCCGCGGAAACAAACAUUGAUGCUUUCAUCAAGGACAUUUCGCAAUGCCAGAAACAUUAAGCAGGUUGCUAUAUUUUGGUCUGAGUGGAGACUAGUUCAUAUGUUGUCAAAUGAUUCACUAAUAUGUGAAAUGUGAGAAUUCAUGAUUUAGCUGAGCUCAUUUCUAGAUACCUUGUUUGGUAUUUGUCAUCAAACUCCUUUGUUUCAUGUAAGUAUUCAAUCUCAUGAUUUGGUGUGCAUUGUUUUUCAUGAUUUUUGUUCUCUCCUUUUUCUGUCUUCUAUUUUUUUUGUUUUUUUUUUUUUUUUUUUUU